UCGGGCAUCUUGUUGUUCAUCAGACCUAGUACAGCACGGUCAGCGAGACAUUUCACUACUUCCGAGAAGAUUCAUAUGUCUGCUUUCUCUCCAAGAAGAAAAGCACAUCGCCUCGAGUCGCGGAUUUUCUGCUCGCACAACUGUUUGGACUUCUUCUAGACGCGCGUCAUCACAUUUUCUAAUUGCUUCUUCAAUUGUAGCUGCUGGGUACUCGUUUUGAAUCGCGGUUUGAUUCUCGGUCUGGUGACCCCCUAAUAUAGUGUUUUAUUAAAUUUGCUCUGUGGUUGACGUUGUGGAAAAUUGUUUGUUUUAUGGGUGGAUAAUUGAUUCGCACCAGAGGAAUGAACGAAAACAUCCAAAAGAGCUGAUACAUCUAGGAUGUAUGGAAAAGUAGGGUAGCAGUUUCCAUAACAACGGUAUUAAUGGCUGGAAAACGAUUCAUCAUCGUCCUGUUAUGGAUGUGUUUGCUGCUCCAAUCAGAUUGCUACGCUAAAGAAAGGGUGAGUAAACGGGAGUUGGCGCAAGACAGAAUCCACCUGCAGAGGUCGCAGCCAUACGUCAAAGAAGAACCAGGAUUUUUAUCAAGAAUUGCAAGCUGGAUCUUCCCCUUUGGGUCAUCAAAGAGUGAAGCAGACUCGAUACCUUCUGCUGGUCAUCACUCACCUUCGUAUCUACCACCACCGAAGCAACCACAUCCAAAAUAUCUCCCAACCGAAAACCUACCACCUCAAAAUUAUCCCCCAGCUAAGCAUGAAUCCUCAGAUUGCAACCCUUGUAAUAGGGAACCCUGGAUACCAAUCCCUGGAAAAUCUGAAAGAAACAACGUUAUAAACUUCGUGCCACCAAAUGAAGUGAAUAAAGUUGUUUUGGAUGGAUUGAACCCUCCCCCUCCUCAAUACGGAGCCCCAAAGCCUUUACCAAACUCAAUCAAUGCCAUAACUUCUUUUGAUCGUCCGCCUGUGCAUCAAGAGCUGCCCAAAGUCGAGUAUGGACCUCCAAGCAAUUCUCCAUCACCUCAGUAUGGUGUUCCAAACAUCGAGAUCACCCCAUCGGUGCUUUUUGGGUCGUUGGUGAUCCCUCAGAACUCUGGACCUUCUUUAAAUCAGUAUGUGCCUGUUGGUUCUGGACCUUCUUUGAAUCAGUAUGUGCCUGUUGGUAACUUCAGGAACGCACCGGAAACUCCUUCGACGUUUCCUCAGGUUCCAAAGGGGUAUGGGCCUCCAUUCAGAACCAAAGUUUCACCAGUACCAUCGCCUCAUUCGGGUGUACCAAAUCAUAUGCUGCCUCCACCUUCUAAAGUCCUGCAACAGGGUAAUUACAUCAAUAUAGUUGGAAUGAGACCACCACCACCUCCAAGAGUUACAACUCAUUUGGUUCCUGUGAAACAGCACCAUCAGAAUCCUAACAGUAUUCAGGACAUCCUACAACCACCAGUUUCACAACAUUCAGUACUAGAUGAAGAGUAUCCUCCGUAUACUAGCAAGCCCAUAGAUUUCUACAGUACUCCAGAUAUACAUGGCAUUGAGCAGAUACCCUUGUCAUCUGGAGAUAACGAUGAUGCUGGUUAUCCCAUCGCAUUCCCUAAUUUGAGCAUAAGACCAUUGGUGCCUCUUCAUAAUUAUGUCCCAUUCAGAAGAGGAUAUGGUGGCUCUGAGAAAGUAGAAUCUGUCCAAAUAUUGCAAAGUGUGCCAAUAGCAGACUACGUAUCAUCAAUAGAACAUCCCAUCAACGUGAUCCAAUCACCAAUCGUUGACCUCAGUUUGGGGAACGAACCAGAAUCAACAAAGCUAAUAAACAUCAACGAACAAUCUAAACCCACGGUAUACACAUCAGACCACGUAUCUUCUAGACCGAACACAAUCCAAUCAGGCAUCUUCGUGAACCCAAAUAUUGAAAGAGUAAAAUUCAAUGAGAAUCCAAUUGUAGUAGAUGAUGUCCAAACGGCAGCUUCUUCACAUAAUGAAACCUACCAAAAGAGUGAUCAAUCUUCUAACAGAGACGGUGGUGAAGAUAUCGGAGUACAAUCUCUUGAAACAUCCACUCUUCCACUAAGUGGUAGAGAAGAAUUUGAUGAUAUAAAUUCGAUAAAACAAGAAUUUAGUGAUAACAUAAAAAGCACCUUCGAUAAGAAAGAAGCGUCGAAAGAGUUGAAAUUCACUGAACCUCCAUUAGAUUUCAGUGAAUGGACGCCUACUUGGGGUGGAAUAUCAAUGGAAAUGACUCCUCCUUCGGUACAAUCUUCUUGGACAACAACUUUUGAUAGCACUGAAACGCCAAAAAAGCCGAAACACAUCCAGAUCAUAAUUCCUUACUACAGUUUCAACGGUACAACGAAACACGUCAUCAAUGAUAAAAUUUAUACGAAGAAUGUAUUUCCUCAUGUAAAAAAUCCUAAAAAAGAAGUUUACACAACGCUGCUUCCAGUAUAUACCCCACCACCUUCCAGUGAGCACAGUUUGUGGUCUCAGUUCUUGAAUAAUUUCGAUAACUUGCCUUCUGGAAGUGCUGAGGCGUCAGCCUUCAGAACUCGUAGCUCUACUAGUGCAUACAACAUCCAAGAUCUGCUGGGAGGCGAUAAGCCCCAAAUACCACAAGACCUUCCAUUCGAUAUUCUUACAUUCCAGAAGAAUAUCGACGAAUGGACCCAACAAGCCUAUUCGAAGACCACUGAGAAGCUGACUUCAGGUCAAGGUGUUAUACAGAAACUGAAUCCAUCUAAAAGGAUUCCUGAUCAAUAUCUUACCACUGUGCCAUAUGAUUACACCACCAUUCAACCCCUUAAUAAUUUCAUUGGUGAUCAAGAACCUGCUGGGUCUGUCAAUAAAGAGAAUUUUAGAGAUGAUGUUGGUAAUGAGCUCAUAUUGAAUGAAGCAACGACAACGACUGAAGAAUUGUCGACUGUUACUCCAGUAACAGAAAUUAAUACUGAUAAAGAAAUCAAAACAACUUUAUCAGAUAAGAAAGAGAAGAAGUCUUUAUGGGAAAGUGCUGAAGUAACAAUUUCAGGUGAUACAAAAGAAAAAGUGUACAUUGUGACACCAGGUAGCCCUGUUGCUUGGAGUUCACCUCCUAAAAUUCUGAAAGAAACAACAACUACUGAAUCUAAUUUGUUGUUUGAGCAUCCAAAGUUCUCUAUUAGAAUUGAAGAUAACAAUACUAAUAGUAGCAAGAAUGCAAAUGGUACAACCAAAGUUAUUUUCAGUGAGUGGCCUCAUAAAAUAAAUAAUCUGCAAACUACAACUCCCAAGCACACCUCAAGACAUCCAUUGUUUGGUAGAAUGGACGUCUCAGCAUACAACCCACCAAGCAAUAAAAUAAUUGCUAAUGUGAAUGGCCAUUCAAGGAUCCUUCAGGACUUGGCAUCAUUUGUGGAAGAGCAAAAAAACAGCAGUACCACAAAAUAGGUUCAUCAAUGAGAAAACAGUGAAGUGACACUUGAACAAUUCGUGAAAAUUGAAGUGGAUUGCUUUAUAUUGAAAUAUGAAGAG